AUGGUACGACAGGAAAUCCCGUAUGGGAUCUUGUCCAGAAGUUCAACUUAAGUGGCUCUAUUAGGGACCACAAUGACUAUACGGCGAGAGACGCAAAUGGACGAAAUGUAACAGCUGAUCUCAAUGAAGCAUAUGCUAGAUUAGAAGCUGCCCAAGAAUAUGAGGACGCUCUGGCUGAUGACAAAAAUCAGAACAAUGGAAAUGAUAUAAAUAAGAAAGUGGCAUUACGGCUAGGUGGUUGGGAUGCAAAGUCGAUUUAUGAGAACGCAGCUGAGUAUUUUUAUUACGAUUUCGAAUUUGGAGUGAAGUCGGAGUUUACUUCUUUAAAGCAUGGUGUUCUUACCAGGACUACGGUCUUUCAAAAAGAAGAUUACCGGAUCGUUGACCGGAGAGGCUUUGUUCAUAUAGUCCAGGCUACCGCGGAUGAAUUUCUUAACCCGGAUGGAUCUCAAUUAAGAUUGAAUGAACGAGUUACCCAAAUCGAUACACCUGGAAAUAGAGUUAUUGUGACGCUAGCUUCGGGGGCAACGAUUGAAGCCGAGUAUGCUAUAACGACAUUUAGUAUCGGUGCCAUGCAAAGUGGAAACAUUACGUAUGAUCCACCGCUUGCGUACGAAAAGUCAGAAGCCAUUAAUCAUUUCAAAAUGGCGCGCUAUACCAAAAUAUUUUUGAAAUUUCCUACACAAUUUUGGGAUGAUACAGAGUUUAUAAUUCACACAUCCAAAAGAAAUGGCUUCUAUACAAUUUGGGAAAAUAUGAACCACAACAAAGUAAUGCCAGGCUCGAAUAUAAUAUAUGCAACAGUGACGGAUCGUGAAUCGGAAAGAAUAGAAACAAUGCCAGACAGUUUGAUACAGUCAGAAGCUAUGGGAGUCCUUAAAGCUAUGUAUGGGGAUGAAAUUCCGGAACCUGAUGCCAUCUACGUCACACGCUGGGUGUCCGACACUGCAUCAUAUGGUUCCUACUCACUAUGGCCCAUAGGAUUCGAAUCUGAAGACCAUAUUUUAUUGACGGCUCCUGUAAGGUAUUUGUUUUUCGCCGGGGAACAUUCCAACCUUCCCCAUUGGGGAGAGGUUGCAGGAGCGUAUUUUGCUGGAAUUGAAACAGCAACUUCAGUUUUGGAUUGUAUAAAUCUUGGAUGUUGAGCCUAAUAACACACAAACGAAUCAAAAUUUAUUUUUGUUAUUUUUGUAUGAUUUUGUAUGGUUGUUAUGUCGAUGAAAGCCUUAACGAUAGGCUCCUUUUGGCACCAUCAGUUUUAUUUAUAUACAUCA